GCUGUCUGUGUUACCAACUUGUUCUAUUCUCCGUGAAAUUUACCAAGCUGUUUUUUAAUCCACUACUUUGGGUGUUGAAAAGCUAUUCAUUUUUGAAGAAAUGACUCUUGGAAAAUAUUUUCUGCCCUUUCUGCUGAUGAUGGGUUCUAAACCACCGAAUUAUCAUAAGCCUGGAAAUGUUAUUCAUCUAAUAGCAAGAGACACAAAUCCACCGCCUGCAGAAACUACUGGCAUUUCAACACCUGAAGCAUCAAAUGCAGUUGUCGAUUCAUCAAAUCCAACAGAUGAACCAGCUACUGCUGAAACUAGUCCGGAUGUGAGUGCAGUGGAAGAAACUUCUGGACCAGCUGCUACGGACGAAGCCACUUCGGAUGCAGCAGCGACAAGCGAAGAUGCAACAGAACCAGCUACAACAGGAGGUGAAGAUGCUACAAGCGAAGGUGGCAGUGCAGAACCGGCUACGACAGGGGAUGCAGGUGCAACAGAUGACGGUUCAGCAGAACCGGCUACUACAGGGGAUGCAGGUGCAACAGAUGAAGGCUCAGCAGAACCGGCUACUACAGGGGAUGCUGCUGAGACAGAUGAAAAUACAGCAGAACCGGCUACGACCGGGGAAUAACUUCAAAUACAGUUAUUUCAAGAGGAGAAAUAUACCGCAGAGGAAUCCAUUUCCUCCCAAAUCUUAAUUCUUAAUAUUUAAAAAACUAUCCGUAACCCAUUUAUUACAAAAGUAUUAAUUGCAAACCGAGGUGUAUAAAUUUAGCGUCGUUAUUUCUCAUUUAAAAUGAUCAAAAUGUAGCAGCUAUAGCUUCAAGAGCUCUAAGCAGCUGAUAUUAGACAUAACACUGUAUAAAAUGAAAGGGAAAAAUUCAAAUAAAUUCAGCUGCAAAGUGGA